UUUUGUAUAAAUAUAUGUCUUGAUCAAACAGCGAGUCCCUUGUAACUCGGAUCUUGGUUUCCUUCUCCUCCUAACUAAACCACAGGUAGAUGACGAAAACUAAUGAGCUGAAGAAAUGGAUGGUGAUGAGCUUGGUUGCGGCGGCGGCAAUCCUACACAACGCAGCAGUUGCGGCGGCAGAGCCACAAGCUCCAUGUCUCUUCAUAUUUGGCGAUUCAUUGAUAGACCCUGGUAACAACAACGGGAUGGAGACCCUUGCCAGGGUUGAUUUCCGGCCUUACGGCAUCGAUUUUCCGUUGGGGGCGACGGGGAGAUUCUCCAACGGAAAAACGGUAGCUGAUUUCAUCGCUGAACUUCUAGGGUUUGAGGAUUACAUUCCCUCGUAUUUGACAGCUCGUGGCGACCAAAUACUGAAGGGAGUCAACUAUGCAUCUGCUGCUGCCGGAAUCAGAGCAGAAACCGGCCGCCAUUGGGGAAAUCGGACUUCUUUCGACGGACAACUGCAAAACUUCAACAACACCGUCCAGCAAAUCACGGGCUUGCUCGGCAGCCGACGCGCCGCAUCAGAUCACUUGCGCAAGUGCGUAUAUAUAUCCGCAAUAGGCAACAACGAGUUCAUCAACAACUACUUCUUAACUCUAUUUUACAACACCAGUAAAGUCUACACAAUCGAAGAAUACAUGCGUCUUGUCCUCAAACAAUAUUCCGAGCAACUCGAGGUUCUGUACACCUUGGGAGCUCGAAAAAUCGCUAUAAUCGGAACAGCACCGUUGGGCUGCAUCCCGAUCAAUGUAGUGCUCAACAGCUACGAUGGCAAUUCAUGUGUGGAAAGCAACAACCUAGCAAGCCAGUUGUACAACAAAAAACUCCAAGCAAAGAUUGAUGUUUUCAACGCCAUGUUUCCUGAUGCACAAUUUACCUACAUCGACGGUUACAAUCCGAUGAGCGAUGUGUACCACAACGCUGAAGCUUAUGGUUUUAUAGUGAAGACGAGGGCGUGCUGUGGGUCUUCGGUAAUAUGCCUCCCUAACGACGGCAUAUGUAUAAACAGACGUCAAUACUUGUAUUGGGAUUUCGCACAUCCCUCAGAAGCUGCUUGCUUGCUGGUUGCAAGAAGAGCUUACCAAUCUCAGAAGCCAACCGAUGCUUAUCCCUAUGAUCUUCGCAGCUUGGCCCUACUUUGAAGAAGAUGAUCAUGGAAUCCAAUAACUCUCUCAAUUAAUGUACGGAAACUGCGAUGAUUAAUUUCGGAAAAUAUUAUUACUGCUUUCAUAGCAUUAGCACACGUAACUGAAGCUUCUGUUAAAGAUUUUUGACCAGCAAAUAAACGAGCAGGCAUUUCAUCAUACGGUUGGGAUGCAACAUAACUUCAUUACUAUUA